CGCAACAAGUGAAACUACAAUUAAUCUUUGUUUCAAGUAAGCUAUAUAGUUUUAGACUGCUUUGUCAGCGCGUCAUAAGUAUGGUAACGCGCUCCUGAAUAGAUUUACACGUUUUUGUUUCCGUUUUUACAUAACAAAAUAAUGAUGAGUUUCGUGAAGUUUGUGUUAUUAUUUUCCAUGUUAUUGAGCCCAGCUGUUGUGUGUGCUGGCGGAAGUGAGAUACCUACCCUGGUGGCAUUACGUGCUGCAUAUCCACGACAACUGAGGUGCUCGCCACAAAAUGAGGCGGUAUUCAAAGAGGCGAUUGUGAGAAGGAUGCACGUGGAUAAAGCGAUGUUGGAGAUCCCUCAGGUGAAGGAAUACUACAAGAGGAAGUACACACAGAAGGGGCAAUGUUUCUCCUCUGGCGACCAACAACAGAUGGCGGCGGCCGUGGCGGACCUUGGGUCGAUCUGGUGCGCUUAUUGCCAGACCAAUAACAUAUGCUGGUGCAUUCGCCAAUACUGCUUUAAUCAAACGUGCUGAAGACGACCGAGCGUUCAAUGAUUUGUUUAUUGGGUGCCAAAAUAUAUAUUGCAAUAUCAAUGACAUGUCUAUAUUAAUAAUGAGUGCGCAGUUGGAACCUUGUACCAAUAAACAAUAUCACAGGCGGA